AUGAUGCUGUCGCUCGUGCGCCGCUCGCAGCCCCGCGCGACGCCCACGCUGGCGCGCGCCGCCUCGUCGCUCAUGUCGGACGUGCACGGCACGACGCACGGCAAGAAGCACUGGAAGAACAAGCCGCUGUUCAGGCGCGGCGGCGACAAGCGGUUCCGCAACGGCCAGGAGGCCGCUGACAUGCUCACGGACGAGGUGAUUCGUCGUGACCCCAACCAGGCCGAGUACGUGCAAGCCGUGCAGAACUUCGUCAACUCCGUCGUGCCCGUGUUCGACCGCUACCCCAAGUACGCGUGGGUCAUGAAGACGCUCAUGGAGCCCGAGCGCGUGAUCCAGUUCCGCGUGCCGUGGAUCGACGACGAGGGCAGCAGCCGCGUGAACCGCGGCUUCCGCGUGCAGUUCUCGAGCGCGCUGGGCCCGUACAUGGGCGGCCUGCGCUUCCACCCGGAGACGACGCACGGCAUCGCCAAGUUCCUGGGCUUCGAGACCAUCUUCCGCAACGCGCUGGCCGGCCCGUACGGCGGCGCGCACGGCGGCUCGGACUUCAACCCCAUGGACAAGAGCGAGUCGGAGAUCAUGCGCUUCUGCCAGUCGUACAUGACGGAGCUGGCCAACUACAUCGGCCCGCACACGGACGUGCCCACGUCGGGCGUCGGCGUGGGCCCGCAGGAGAUCGGCUACAUGUUCGGACAGUACAAGCGUCUGCGCCAGCUGCAUCCGGGAGGCACCGAGGGCAUUCUGAGUGGAGGCGCCUACCACUACCCGCAGGUCACGGGCUACGGCGUGGCGCACUUCGCCAACCGCAUCCUGGAGACGCGCGGAGAGACGCUCAAGGGCAAGCGCUGCCUGAUCUCGGGCAGUGGCACCGUGGCGCUCAACGUGGCCCAGAAGCUGCUGGACCUGGGCGCCAUCCCCAUCGGCCUGAGCGACAACUUCGGCUACGUGAUCGAGGAGCAGGGCUUCACGACCAAGAGUCUGGCGGAGCUCAAGCGCAUCAAGGAGGAACGCAACGCGCGUCUCGGCGCCUACAUCAUGUCGUCCACGACGGCCAACUACCACCCGAUUGAGGAGGGCCGCCUGUGGGAGACGCCGUGCGACUACGCCUUCCCGUGCGCGAUCCAGAACGACGUGGACGCCGACGCCGUGCGUCUGCUCGUGAAGAACGGCUGCAAGGGCAUCUUCGAGGGCGCCAACUUCCCCUGCACAGACGAGGCCAUCAGCCUCAUCAAGCAGCACGGCCUCGCGUUCGGCCCGAACAAGGCCUCCAACGGCGGCUCCUUCGCGCUCAUUACCAAGAACCUCGGCGCGUCCACGCAGCUGUCGGACGACGAGCUGGACAAGAUCGUGAAGGAAUACAUGUACAUGCUUCACGACCGCGUGGCCGCUUCCGCCGAGGAGUUCAACGCUGCGGGCGACCUCCACACGGGUGCCAACAUCACGGCUUUCAUGAGCGUGGCCGCCGCCAUGUUCCGCCAGGGUGUGGUGUAA